AAGAGAGAGAGGGUGGGUGUGUGUGUGUGAGCGAGCGCAUGUGUAUGUGUGUGUCAGUGUGUCUGUGCGCUGCAGGAAAGGUUGUUACAUCGGAGACCCAUCCCAGUUAUGUAAGAUCAGCCAGCGGGGACAGGCGGUGUGGCUUUCUGAGUUUGUCAAGCGGGGAGCGCGCACGCACUCACACACACGGGGGAGAGAGAGAGAGAGGAACCGGCGCGGCCGCCGGGGACAUGUAACGGCCACCGCCAGGAGCCGGCCAGCCCACGGAGCCACAGGAGUCUCCCCCAUCCCCUCUCUCCCAGCUCCCGGGACUAUCACCCCCCGCCUGAAGGGUGUCAUCCUUGGCCCACCUGUCCGAACCCCAGCCUCCCGGACAUGCAGCUCAGGAGGAGCUGUCGCUGCUCCAUCGCGUCCUGAAUGUGCGCGGCUGCCAACUGCAUCCUCCCACUGCGGAGAAACUGCGAGGGGCUGGCCCACCCUGGCAGACUCCAUGGGGGUGUACCGAUGUCCACCGCUGUGCCUCCGGCUCGCCCGCACCGCCCCCUCCCGGAGGCGGAGAUGGACUUCACCUGGCAGGAGCUGAUGGCCAUCACGGAGCUACAGGAGUUCGACGUGCCAGGCGAGAGCCCGUUCGAACAGGCAGCUUACCAGCCCGUGUGCCCCCAGUUGACCCCGGUGGGCUUCGGGUUGAGCCAGCCCCCCCUGGAGCCCCCGCUGCCCAGCUGUGGCCCGGGUCCGGGCGACGCCUUCGAAAGCCCCUACACGGAGGCGAUGCCCCCGGGGGCGCCAGCCUGCAGCCUGCAGCGCCUGGGGAGCAACAUCGAGACCCUGUACGGACACGCGGGCUCCAGGCUGCUCCCCAACCCCCACUCCCACUCCCACUCCCACUCCCACUCCCUGCAGCCCCCGCUGAUGAGCCUGCUGGAGCACAUGAGCCUGGGGGGGGCCGGCGAGGCGGGGGCGCCCCCCUUCAUGGGCGCCGGGCAGGGGCGGGGCCCCCCGGGGGCGGGACUGGGGCCGAUCAAACACCCGCCCCCCUCCGACGACCCGGAGUCCGACUCGGGACUGUCCCUGGGGUCCAGCCCCCCACUGGCCUCUCCGGGGAACGCGGCCGGGGGCGCCCCCCCAUACGGUGGCGGGGCGGCGGAGGCGGGGCUGGGGUACAGCGACGGGGAGCCCCCCCUGGAGAUGGAGGGCAUGGCGGAGCCAGGGAGGAUGAGGCCCGAUUUCCUGUACCCCAUGGACUACCAGCACCCCAUGAACCACUACCCUUACCCCGUACCCCAGCCCUCCUACAGCCUGCCCCCUCCCCCUCUGCACCCGCACCAGCAGCACCAGCAGCACCAGCAGCUCCCCUCCGACCUGCAGCCCCACCCGAUCGCGCCCGCGGCUCUCCACGGCCUGGUGCCGGGCGCGAUCCCCUUCGCGCUGGAGAAGAUCGUCAACCUGCCCGUGGACGACUUCAACGAGCUGCUGUCCCGCUACCAGCUCACCGACGCCCAGCUGGCCCUGGUGCGCGACAUCCGCCGGCGCGGGAAGAACAAGGUGGCGGCCCAGAACUGCCGCAAGCGCAAGCUGGAGAACAUCGUGCACCUGGAGGCCGAGCUGGGCCAGCUGCGGGCGCGCCGGGAGCAGCUGGCGCGCGAGCGGGCCGAGUACCAGCGCGGCCUGGCCCUGGCCAAGCGCCGCCUCUCCGAGCUCUACGCCGACGUCUUCGCCCGCCUGCGGGACGAGGAGGGGCGGCCCUACUCCCUGGACGAUUACUCCCUGCAGCAGACCAGCGACGGCAGCGUCUUCCUCGUGCCGCGCAAGCCCGGGGAGGAGGGGGAGUGACCCGGGCCGGGCGGGUCGUGCGCUCGCUACCCCCCCCCCUCCUCCCCCUACCGGGCCGGCGGCAGGGCAGGGAUCUCCGCGGGGGCCAGUGUUUAAAGACUGCGCAAGAGCCGCCGCCCCCGACAGCCCGGGUCAGUGCGGUCGGGUCCGGAGUCCUCCCCCCUCUCGGCCCUGUGUGAGACUCGGGACCGAAUGUCAGCUGAUUAGGAGCCGUUCAAAGCGCCCGUCCCCCGACAGUGCCUUUCCCGAGGGCGCUCUGGGUUGUGACCGAGGCCGACUGUGUGCACCUCCCCCCACAGAGACAUGAGGCGCACGGAGGAGUCCCCCCUCCCCCCUCCCCACUCCAGAGAACCAGAAGCUCAAGGCAGGAGCGAGGAGAUUCGGGAAGGGACGGACCCCCCGCCCCCACGAUGUCGACGCUCCUGGCUCCCCGUUUUGCGCCCCUUCACUGGAAAGCGGGGAGCCCAUAUUGUCGCAGGAAGAGCCCCGCUGUCCUUGGCGCUCAGGAGCCCCAGGCUGUGCUACAGCGCCCCGUGGACAGUCUGCUUCUCGACAGUCUCUCCGAGAGACAGACUUCCAAGAUGGGGCGGGGGUCCACACAGAAUUCCCAUACGAGAUUACCCCUCCGGGGGGGAACGCCGAUGAACGGGCAGUGCUGCAGUUUGGCAUUCACACAACAAGCGCCUCUCCGGGCUCUCUCUCUCUCUCCUUGGCGUUGCACACCGACAGUGGGGGCGCACUGCGAGUAGAGACCCCUGUUCACCUCUGAGCCUUAACCUCCACAGCACGAAACUUUCACGUGAAGAGAAUCAACUGGGAUAGUCCCUCCCCACUAAGCCCCUGGAGUUUAAGCAGGACUGGGAUCUCAUUCCAUCUCCCAUAGACAUGCUAGGUGAAGGGGUGCCCUGCUGUAAACUGGCAUCUCCUCUUUGGGCAGUACGUGCCCAGUGUGAUCCCCAGAAAGUCGUGAUUCACCUGGAGAAUGGGCGACUUCCUGCUCAGAGCACCGAUCCGGUCAAGGCAUACAGGUCAUCCUGUCUCACACGUGCUAUUGAUGGGUCAGUUAACACACCAGGCUCCAUUAAGGGAGCUCUGCUCCUUGAGGUGGGAAGGGAAGAGGGGCAGUUUUGCUCCAACCGAUUGCCUAGUUUCACAGAGCACCUUGAAAUGGAUGACAAAUUCCUAAUGCCUUCAGAAACCGAACACUUCAUAAAUCCCACUGGAUCAGGGCUUUCUGGAGGCAGGGAAGGGAGACCCCUGGGUAUAAGCAACAAUGGUAUAAGACAACUACCACAGAUUGGACAAAAGGGCAUUUCAGAGGCAGAUGUUCUGCUCUCACAAUCCCACUUUCCAGCAAAGUGCACCCUCCCCCCACAACCUCCGUAUCCAAAUCCAAAAGCCAAAGCGCGAAGGCGAUUGCUUUGUACAGUGUUGCAUUAAAACCAAAUGUCUCAGGUCUACAAAUGUAUGAAGAACCUUGCUGUACAUCAUGGGUGGCCAAAGAAAUUGCAAUAAAAUAUUUCUCUAAUCCUC